AUGGCCGCAAGACCGGCAUCCCGCGACUCGAACCUUCCCACGCCCUUCACCGGCGACGCUGACAAUGGCAAAUUAAGCCGAGAUCUGUCGCCAGUAUUUCCACUCCUCAAUAACGACGAGACGGCCAAAGCUCUAUCCUCAGAUGCUGCAACGCAAAAUCAUGCCGGCGAAGAUGACGCCGACGAAGAGCCCGCGGUCGCAAAGCCCUUCGCCCGAACCUCGAGCCCUGACUCCGCAGCCCGAGCCGCGGACCCGUAUGAUGAGAAGGGUCCCGACCGCCUCGAUCGCAAGAUGCACAAGUUUAGCUUGUAUGAGACAGCCACGCGUUAUUACAUCGUUGGGGGAGACGUGACGGAGCGGCGAUACCGCAUCCUCAAGAUUGAACGAACAACAGACGACUCGGAGUUGAGCAUCACGGACGACAAGAUCAUAUACAGCCAAAAGGAGAUGAAUCAGCUGCUAGAUACGAUCGACGACGGCAACAAGGGCACGGGUGGCAUUAAACUGCGUUGCACUGCUUGGGGCUUACUGGGCUUCAUCAAGUUCACUGGCCCAUAUUAUAUGCUCCUGAUCACGAAAAAGAGCACAGUGGCCAUGAUCGGGGGGCACUACAUAUAUCAAGUUGACGGUACAGAGCUGGUGCCAUUGACUCCGAACCGAUUCAAAGCCGACGUCCGGAACACCGAGGAGUCCCGCUUCUUAGGUAUAUUGAACAACCUGGACCUCACCAGGUCGUUUUAUUACAGCUAUUCGUACGACAUCACACGUACUCUGCAGCAUAACCUUACGAGGGAGCGCGAGGCGCUUGCGCGUGGGCUUCCAGGGGCAGUGAAUGACUUCAACGGCAUGUUCGUUUGGAACAGUCAUCUCUUGCAACCAGCCAUGAAAGCCCUCAAGGAUCCCUUUGACUGGUGCCAUCCCAUCAUCCACGGCUACAUCGAUCAAGCUGCUCUGUCAAUAUACGGACGCACUGCGUACAUCACCAUCAUUGCUCGGCGAUCUCGAUUCUUUGCGGGUGCAAGAUUCCUCAAACGUGGGGCCAACGACCUCGGCUACGUUGCGAACGAUGUUGAGACGGAACAAGUGGUUUCAGAAGCCUUGACUACCUCGUUCCAUGCCCCAGGACACAGGCUGUUUUCUAGCCCGCAGUAUACUUCAUAUGUCCAGCACCGAGGAAGCAUUCCCCUGUAUUGGACACAGGACAACACGGGCGUGACACCCAAACCACCUAUCGAGCUAAAUCUCGUUGAUCCAUUCUAUAGUGCUGCCGCUCUUCAUUUCGACAACCUCUUUGAACGGUAUGGUGCUCCCAUCUACGUGCUGAACCUCGUCAAGGCGAGGGAAAGGACGCCGCGUGAAUCCAAGUUGUUGCUGGAAUACACAAAUGCAAUCAACUACCUGAACCAGUUCCUACCAGAAGGUCGCAAGAUAAUUCACAAGGCAUGGGAUAUGAGCCGAGCGGCGAAGAGUCGCGACCAGGACGUCAUAGGUACACUGGAGCGCAUUGCUGAGGACGUCGUCACCACAACCGGAUUCUUCCAUGAUGGCGACGGAAAGGUGUAUCCUACGAGCGUUCAAAACGGUGUGGCCCGAACCAACUGUAUAGACUGCCUUGACCGAACCAACGCAGCGCAAUUCGUCAUCGGAAAGAGGGCUCUAGGCCAUCAGCUUCACGCGCUUGGCAUUCUCGAAGACACGUCCAUAAACUACGAUACAGACGCCGUCAACCUCUUCACCCACAUGUAUCACGAUCACGGUGACACUAUCGCUGUGCAAUAUGGCGGCUCUCAACUUGUCAAUACCAUGGAGACAUACCGCAAGAUUAACCAGUGGACGAGUCACUCUCGCGACAUGAUCGAGAGCUUCAAGAGGUACUAUAACAACUCUUUCCUAGAUGGGCAGCGCCAAGAGGCGUACAACUUAUUCCUCGGCAACUACAUAUUUGCCCAAGGACAGCCGAUGUUGUGGGACCUUGCGACGGACUACUACCUUCAUCACGCGGAUCCGCGAGCCUGGUCCGAAAAGACGAAGCGGGACUACAUCAACUGGUACACUGCGGAGAACUUGCAGGAAAGGAGUUUCCCGCCCUACAUGCCACCUCCAGGCGAAGCAAAGAAUAAGCCAGUGUCUUCCUUUGCUGAUUACUGGGUAGAAUACUAUCGUCCAUCCACGCUCUCAUCAUUCCUGAAAAUGUUCCCCUACAAAAUGAAUUCAACCAUCAAGUACAUACCCUUCAAGUCCACACAAGACGGACGGUACGACUUGAGCCCAUUCCGGGUUCGCAACGAGACAGAUAUGGAUGCCCACGAGAAGAAGAAGCCCAAGAAGGAGGUGACAAUUGUCGACCCUCAAGACCUGAAAUCCCCUCGGGACAUCGACGCUGCAUCAGUCAUGUCAGACCGUACCACAGGCGGGAAGGGAAUUUCCAUCCAUCGCUGGCUUCAGCCGAUGCAGGAUAGAGUGACUGGGCACCAUGGAAUCAUGAAAGAGACCCAUGUAGAGCCCCAGGAUCCGUCAAAGACCAAGCCCACGGCGCAGGAGAAGACCAAAGCAGCUCAAUGGACCUUCACCAAGGCUGUCAGCGAGUCCCUCAAUCCGUCCGUCAGCCAGCAGGAGGCCGAGGACUAUGAACGGUAUAUCAGCCAUCCUCAAAACCUGCCACUGGUUGUGUCGGCCGAGACAAUUCAGGCGGAAAACCAAUCCGAAUACCAGCAUUAUGUCCAGAGUAGCUGGCAGAGUGACGCAAUCACGCCUGUCGGUGCUGAGGAAGAUGUCGCUGUAUAUGCCGAGCUCCUCAAGGUUGGCAGCAAUCCUCUUACCGUCACCGAGGAAGACGCUCAGAAGAAGCGAUACAAGGCCUACGGGAAAUGGCUUCGGGGCAAGUCGUUCUUCAAGCAGCAACCACUUGACUGA